UGUUUCCCUUCUUCUUCUUCUUCUUCUUCUUCCGCUUUCUCAUCCUCAUCAAAGCUCCCUUUUUUUUUUUUCUCUCUAUUUUUCUUCCUCCUUUUCCUCGUUUUUUAAUUUCUCUCUCUGCGUGUCUUUUUUUUCUCUCCUCUCUCAUAUUCAUUGCAGUGUUGUUCUUAAACCCUUAUUUUAUGGGGUACCCUCUACCAAAACAGCCCCCAAACCACACCUCUGAACUCUAGUUUUCUAUAAUCUAGUUAACCCUCGUUUCACUGGGCUCUGUUCCCAAGAACAUCAAAAGGUUUAAUCCUCCAAACUCCUACAUGCAGGUACACAUAUAAACAAAACCCCCCCAAUUUUCUAUCACCCAGAUAUUAUGUAAUAUGAUGGAUUAAGAUUCCACCCCUCCACAAUUAUAUCUAUAUUUGAUAUCUCAUUUUAAAUGAUAUUUGGGUUAUUAUUUUGUAGAGGGACGGAGGGAAGGGAAAGAAAUAGGAUUCGGCGACGUCCUAGUGAGCGUUAUAAUCUUGGUGUGGUGAGAUGUUGAAUUGGUGUAUCAAAGGGCGUUGAGUCUUUGUCAGCUCUUUAUGCUAUUUUCUUUUUUAACAAUUUAGUCUUUUGGCACGUCAGAUUGGAAAGGCUCUAGACUUUUAUUGAGAGACCCUAAAACCGUAGUCCUUUCUGCUCUAUUGCUACUUGUAAUAAUCUUAUUAGCUUUACUCAGACAUCUUCAGAGAAUCUAUUAAAACCGCAACCAACUCCAGAAGACCAGACCCUAGUAGUCAGACUGAUUAACCUUAAAAAACAGAAAGAGGGAGAUGGAAGCUGUUUAGGGUUUGUGGGCGAGUGAGGUGUGCCAUGUCCAGAAUGAAGUUCAAAGGGAAAAAGAAGUUGCUGGAUUCGACUCACCUUCAAGACUAAGCAAUCAGCUUUAAAAAUAUUUCUACAUCAAGAAUUUAUUAAUAUGUUCCAAGCAAACAUGUACGAGAGUCACCAUAUGUUCGAUAUGACCCCCAAGAGCUCUGAAAAUGAUUUGGGAAAGCUGAAAGAUGACGAUUAUGAGACCAAAUCAGGCACUGAGAACACUGAAGCACCCUCCGGAGAUGAUCAAGAUCCUAACCAAUGCCCUAAAAGGAAACGUUACCACCGCCAUACCCAGCGCCAAAUCCAGGAAAUGGAAGCUUUCUUUAAGGAGUGCCCUCACCCCGAUGAUAAGCAACGAAAGGAGCUGAGCCGUGAGUUAGGUUUAGAGCCUUUGCAAGUCAAAUUUUGGUUCCAGAACAAGCGCACGCAAAUGAAGGCUCAUCAUGAACGAACAGAGAAUGCGAUUCUGAAGGCUGAGAAUGAAAAGCUCCGUGCGGAGAACAGUAGAUACAAGGAAGCCCUAAGUAAUGCCUCUUGCCCUAACUGCGGCGGCCCAGCAGCCCUGGGCGAGAUGUCCUUUGAUGAGCAGCAUUUGAGGAUUGAGAAUGCUCGUUUACGAGAAGAGAUUGACAGGAUAUCUGGAAUUGCUGCCAAAUAUUUGGGCAAGCCCUUAUCUUCUUUGUCCCAUCUUUCUUCUCAUUUACAUUCCCGGUCCCAUGAUGUUGGGGUCAGUAGUUUCGGGGCACAAUCGGACUAUGUGGGAGGAAUGUAUGGAGCUACUGAUCUUCUGAGACCAAUCACUACUGGGCCUACUGGGGCAGAAAAGCCAAUGAUAGUAGAGCUUGCUGUUGCAGCAAUGGAGGAACUAAUGAGAAUGGCUCUGGCUGGAGAACCGUUGUGGGUUCCUGGUGAGAAUGCCACUGAGGUGCUUAAUGAGGAGGAGUAUUUGAGAGCUUUCCCUAGAGGCAUUGGGCCAAGGCCUUUGGGAUUGAGGUCAGAAGCCUCAAGGGAAUCCGCAGUUGUUAUCAUGAAUCAUGCUAACCUUGUUGAGAUUCUAAUGGAUGUGAAUCAAUGGUCUACUGCGUUUUGUGGAAUUGUAUCAAGAGCAAUGACCCUAGAAAUCCUAUCAACAGGAGUUGCUGGGAACUAUAAUGGAGCUUUGCAAGUGAUGACAGCUGAGUUCCAAGUCCCUUCACCACUGGUUCCAACCCGAGAAAUUUGCUUUGUAAGGUACUGUAAGCAGCAUGUUGAUGGAACUUGGGCAGUGGUUGAUGUUUCGCUGGACAAUUUACGCCCUAUUCCAAUAUCAAGGAGUAGAAGAAGGCCCUCAGGUUGUGUCAUUCAAGAAUUGCCAAACGGAUACUCAAAGGUGAUAUGGGUCGAGCACAUCGAAGUGGAUGAUAGGUCUGUUCACAAUAUAUACAGGCCACUAGUUAAUUCUGGUCUAGCUUUUGGAGCAAAACGUUGGGUCGCUCUCUUAGAUAGACAAUGCGAACGUCUUGCAAGUUCAAUGGCCAUCAACAUUCCAGCGGGAGAUCUCUGUGUGAUAACGAGCCCAGAAGGGAGGAAGAGUAUGUUGAAGCUGGCUGAAAGAAUGGUGAUGAGCUUUUGCUCUGGUGUUGGUGCUUCUACAGCACACGCCUGGACAACAUUAUCUCCAACUGGGUCUGAUGAUAUAAGGGUCAUGACCAGAAAGAGUAUGGAUGAUCCAGGUAGGCCUCCUGGAAUUGUACUUAGCGCGGCAACAUCCUUCUGGAUUCCGGUUCCUCCCAAGAGAGUAUUUGAGUUCCUAAGCGAUGAGAACCAUCGAAGAGAGUGGGAUAUCCUUUCAAAUGGCGGUCAAGUUGAAGAAAUGGCUCACAUUGCUAAUGGACGUGAUCCAGGAAACUCAGUUUCUUUACUUCGUGUGAAUAGUGCAAACUCAAACCAAAGCAACAUGCUGAUAUUGCAAGAGAGCUGCACAGACUCUACAGGGUCAUAUGUUAUCUAUGCACCAGUAGACAUUUCUGCCAUGAAUAUAGUGCUAAGUGGUGGGGACGCAGAUUACGUUGCUCUUCUUCCAUCAGGUUUUGCUAUACUUCCUGAUGGACCUGCAGGAUUUAGCCCCGGAGGAAUUGUUGAUGUUGGUUCCGGCGGUGCUCUACUCACCGUUGCAUUUCAGAUCUUAGUGGAUUCAGUUCCAACUGCAAAACUCUCUCUUGGAUCAGUAGCAACAGUAAACAAUCUAAUUAAGUGCACAGUUGAAAGGAUCAAGACUGCAGUGACUAGCGAGAAUAAUGCAUGAUUAGAAAGCCUAGAAGUAAUGCAAGGAAUUAUAUUUGAUGUUUGCUUCAAGACGUACUUAGAGCUAGAAGAAGUCAAGAGCGCACCUUAAAUGAUCCUGUUUGUUUAGGCAGAUAUGGAGUCAAAGGAAAGUCACUUCAAUUCAUCACCACUCUGCAAGGGUUAAAGGUUCGGGCAUUGACUUUGGCAUUCAUGUUUUUUGGUAGUUUUUCAGUAUUAAUUAUUCUUCCUGUCUCCUUUGUAGACUUCAAAUCUCUGGCUGUAGAUUUGCAUAACUGCUUGUUUAAUCCUAGCUUAAAGAUAAAA